UCUUUUGUGAAUUUAUUCGGGACUCGGCAUUCCAUAGCCGCCAUUCCCAGCGCGUUGGCUUCAGUCGUUUGACAUUGGCCCGACAUGCCGGUACAAGCGUCGCAUCUACGUCUUCGGUCCCGUCAGCAAUUGUUGUUGCUCGCGUCGCGUCGUCAACAACAGCAAUAAUAAAAAUGGAAAACAAAUAAAUAUCUGAAAUAUGUGCAAGUAAAUUUAUUGAGGCGGCACACGAGUUGUUCCACAUUGGUUGAUAGUCAAUUACGCCCCGUUGCAGGCAAGGCGCGCGCGAUUUUUAGUGGGUGUCAACGGCGAAAGUAUCUCAAAGAUACACAAACAAUGCAGCAAAUCGCUUGAGUGCAGCACAACAAUAUCCAAAUAAACCAAAGCCUCGAAGCCACACUCCAGCAAAAACUAAGCAAAAUACAAGAACAUUCAACAUUUAGCAGCCAAAAUGAUGGCGCUCGAUGGUAAAGCGAUAAUUAAGGAGGAGAUCACCGAGAAGGACGCCUACGACGCGGCGGCAGCGGCAGCGGCAGCAGCAGCAGCAGCGGCAGCGGUAUCAGUGGCUACAUCAACAGCUGCCUCAUCCGCGUCAUCGUCAGCGUCCUCUUCAGCAGCAGCGGCGGCGGCGGCGGCAGCCAACACAUCAGCAACUGCGGCUGCAAUUAGUCGACGGUUUAAAGCGAACAGCAGCAACAGCAGCAGCAACAGCAGCAGCAGCAACGGCGACAAGAGUUCCACCACCACCAACUCCUCCUCGGCCGGCAGCACCAGCAGCAGUAGCAGUAGCAAAGACAUGACCAUCACUGGCAGCAGCGCAGUCAGCAGUCAGCAGCUCACGCCUAACGGCACUCGCGAGCGGGAGCGGGAGCGUGACAGAGACCGUGAAAGGGAGCGCGAACGGGAGCGGGAAAGAGAGCGUGAUCGUCUCUGUCGCACUCCUCCAGAGUCGCCGCCCGAGCUGGCGCGCAAUCUGGCAGCUGCACCGCGCUCUCCCCAGUCACCACCUCAGCAGCUGCAUCAUCACCAGCGCCCACAGCGCAAUGCGAGCGCCUCGCCCGUGGUCAACGGGGGCGCCAGUUCGGGCACAUCACCCACGCCGGGCUCACAGCAUGCAGCCUCUCUAGCCGCUGCUGCAGCCGCCGCAGCUGCAGCUGCUGCGCAUGUGGAACAGGCGCGACUGCUCUCUAAGCUGCGCAAGUUCCUGGGCGCUCUGGUGCAGUUCUCACAGGAGCUCGGACAGCCGGAGGUGAGCGAGCGAGUGCGCGCCUUGGUGCUGUCGCUGUCCAGCAGUAACAUAUCACUGGAAGAGUUCCGGCUGGCCUUGCAGGAGGCCAUCAAUUUGCCGCUCCGGCCGUAUGUGAUGCCGCUCCUGAAGAACAGCGUGGCUCUGAUGCAGCGCGAGAUUCUGGCCCUGGCUCGCGCCACUAACCAGUCCGCGAUGCAGUACGUGACCAGCAACGAGCAGGCUGUGAUGGAGCUGACGCCACAUGGCGUGGCCAGUGCCGAGUUUGCGGACAUAUUUGUGCAGCUGGAGGCGCCGGCGGCAGCCAAUGGCAAUGGUGGGGCACUGUUCAAGCGUCGCUCGUCGGACUCCAUAAUGGAGCACAGCGCACACAAUGGUCUGCAGGAGUGGACCGAGUACAUGCCCAAUGCCGGCACACCCUAUGCGCCGCCCAGCAAGCGCCUGGCCAUGCACCCGGCAGCAGCUCAUUCGGUACUCGCCUUCGACUACAGCGCUGCGACUACCGCCGGCGAGGUGGCUGUUGCCGCGGGCUUCAUGCAGCGGGACGAGCGAGAUCUGCGCCUAGCCGAGUCAGGCCAGGGGGCUGGCAGACAUGCGCCGCCCCAGGUAGCACGUGGGGGCAAUGCUCCUGCAGCGGGCGCACCUGGCGGCGAGGAGGAGUGGAAGAACAUACACACCAUGCUCAACUGCAUCUCGGCUAUGGUUGACAAGACCAAGCGGGCCAUCACCAUACUGCAACAGCGCGGUAUAGAACCACAGCAUGGCAGCAACAGCAGCCAAGACCUGACACCCGCCGCCAUGGCCGAGCUGCGUCGUCAAACCGAGGAGAAGGUUGCCGAAUUCAAGCGCAAUGCUGAGGAUGCAGUCACACAGGUCAAGCGACAAGCAGUCAUCGAAAUACAAAGAGCUGUAGUCGCGGCAGAGACGCGUGCUGCCGAGAUCAUGACUCAGGAGCGGCUGCGCAUGGAAAAGUUCUUCAUGGAGAUGAGCCGACAUUCCAGUGGAGACCGCGAUCUGGACAACAAAUCGCCGUCCAUAACCAGCGCACAGAAUGGCAGCAACUUGCAGCAGCAAUGCUGGAACUGCGGUCGCAAGGCCACGGAAACCUGCUCCGGCUGCAACAUGGCCCGCUACUGCAGCGCCUCUUGCCAGUACAGGGAUUGGGAUAGUCAUCAUCAGGUGUGUGGUAACUCACGGGCCACCGAGCUGAGCGCCAAGCACUUGCAUUCGGCCAGCGCCAGCGGCAUGCGCAGCGCCAUGGCCACCCGAUCCCCACCCACACCGACAGCAGCAGCAGCGGCGGCUGCGGCGGCAGCGGUACAUCUACAGGCGGCUGCUGCCAGCGUGCGAGAGGCGGCUGUUGCUGGCAGCACAGCUGGAGGCUCUGUGGCUGGGGCUGCUGUCGCUGCUGGCACACCCAGUGCGCUGGUCCCCAACGGCCUGGGCUCCAAAUGACGCAUUCGCAUGAUGAAACCCAAGAAGAAAUACUUGUGCUAGUCAAAUUAACGAUCGAGCUCGAAUACGAUAUAAUUAUAGCCUACAUAUAUAAUUAUGAGUUUAACUAACGAAAACCUUAACCAAAAACAAAAAGCAAAUGGUAGUAGGAGGGGAAGUGGAAGUUGAAGAGGAAGAGAAGAAGACACUGUCAGCAUUAUCCAAAUAGUUUUUAAAUGCACACUUAAAUAUACUUCAAGUAAACGAGAUAGAUAACAUAUGUAAUUUGCAACUUAACAAUUUUUGCAUUACAUUCGAAACACAAGAGAAAAAAUAAGAAAAAAUAAAAAUAAAAUUUGUUAAAUGUGUGUGACAGCAUGAUUUAAUACAAUUCUUAUGGCUUGACGAUUUUUUAAAAAAAAAUUUAAGGCAGCUGAAGAUGUUUAAAGUAGCCAUCACGCUGAAAAGUCAUCAAUUCGUUGAUUUCAAAUUGCGUGAGCUCUUAAGAAAUAGAAAGAUAUAAAAAUAAUACAAAUAUUUGCACCACAUUGAAAUUAAUCCUUUUAAAUAUGCAAACUAUAUUAAUGGCACCUCUUAAAUAAAACUUCAAUUCAUUUAAGAAAUCAAAGCUGUAAGUAGUACUUAGCACCCAACCCAAAAAGCAAGGCGAGGUUAAA